AUGGCUCGAAACGGUCGGCGUGUGAAUAAUCGACGUGGCAAUAAUGCUAUGACGUGGAAAGAGAAGUGGACAAUUUUCAAGCAUAAUCGAAGGAAAGCUAGUGAGUAUUUGGACUAGACUAUAGUUUCUGAGUUGUGACGUAGUCACCAGAUAUUUUUGAAUUUAAUUCGGGAAGCCAUAAAUUGGACAAAAAUAGUAUUAAUUCCAGGCUGGCAUGAAUUGGUGGCUUAUGGUGUACUUCUAAAUAUCGUUGGCGCAGUUUUGUUACUAAUGAAAGCACAAUUAGACAAAGAUGUGAUAAAGGCGGCGGUAGAUCAAAAGUUUCGAGAAGCCGGAAUUCGACCGAAUUCGACGAUUGUUGGAGAAGAUGGAGAAGAUCAGAUUGAAAGUGAACCAAGUGCGGUUUUGAUGGUAAGAGAGGGGUGAUUUUUGGAUUUUAGGAUUUUUUUUCGCGAAAUCUGGACCAGAGAACAUUUAAAUCAGGAAAUUUUGGAGAUAUAAGUUUGAAUUCAAAAAUUAAUGUAGAAUUUCAACUUUUGCCACGUCAUAAUUCAAAAGUUCAGGUUGAAGAAGCUCUUAAGAUUUUAAGAUUUUAUGAUUUUUUUUCUUGAAAUCUGGAUUUUCAGAAAAUGUGAAAGCUUUCAGGCUGGAAUUUCCAGCCCAGAGAACAUUUUUAAAUUAAAAAAUAUUUUUUAGUCCAAGUUUUGAAGCUGUCAGAUUCAAAAUAUUACAAUUUUAUGACGUGGCAAAUUUUUUUUUGAAAAAAAAAACAAUUUUAUGACGUGGCACAUUUUUUUUGAGAAAAAAAAAAACAAUUUUCUGGUGAAAACCGGACAUUUUGGAGAUAUAAAUUUGAAUUCGAAUAUUAAUGUAGAAUUUUUGAUUUUUGCCACGUCAAAAGUUCAGGUUGAACGCGGAAGAAGCUUAAAAUCUAAUCUCACCGCAAAGUUUUCUAGACUUUUAGGAAAUCUGUACUAUUUUGAUAGGAUUUUUCCACUUUUUGGCCAAGAUUUUGAAAUAAUACCCCAAAUCCUUAUGGAUCACAAAAAUCUUCAGCCAGAUGAUUUUUUUAAUUCGUAAUUUAGGAAGUUCAUAGGUUUUAAGAUCAAUUCGAAAAAAAAUUUAUUUCAAAAGUUCAGGUUGAAGAAGCUCUUAAGCUAUUAGGCUUUUAAGAUUUUGAAAAUCCUGAUCUCACCGCAAAGUUUUCUAGACUUUUAAGAAAUCUGCACUUUUUGGCCAAGAAAUCUUCAAAAAAUCCCCAAUCUUCCAGGUUUUCAUAACAAUGGGCGGUCGAAUGGCGAAUGUUGUGGGCACAAUGAAACUCUACAAGGGACUCGGAAAAUAUUUGUCAGAUCGAAAGCGCAAAAAAUUCCAGUCAACCACCGAAAAAAUCCAAAACGGGGAGGCUGAAACUGAAUGCACCGAAUUGCUCGCUGAUUGUUUUGUUUGUGUUUGA